GCGUUGCUUUGCCCGUGUUGGUGCACAAAACCGAUGGAUCCAUUUUCCAGAGCCUGCUAUUGUAAACAAAGCGCGUGGUGCCUGCCGCUUGUUUGAAUAGCCGGGGGGGAAAAAAAGGCCGAACAAGAAGGAUGCAGCAAAGAAGGAAGAAUGAAGGGAAAAAAGAGAACGGUGGUGGAAGCUGUAGACAGUACGGGAGUUGCUGUGAACCGUUUGCCGACAGGAUUGGUUGAACGAGGUGCGUAAAAGGAUGGUGCGAAGUGCGUGAUGCGGGAGGACGAUUCUACGAGCGAGGGUAGCAUUUUGGGUGAAAAUUAGACUGUCUCUUUCUAGAAAGGGUUCUCACAUUUGGAAGUGAAAUUUGGCAAACAAAUAGCAAGAAGCAGAAGCAGCAGCAUAAAACCCAUUGCAGGCAACAGAUUUAAAUACGAAAGAGGUGAGUAGAGGAUGGCGAGGGAGAAGGGAUGGUAAAGGGACGGGAAUUGUCACGGACCUGGCGUAGGUGGCGGUGGGCCUCGGGGUAUAAAAGCAAACCGGUGGUCAAGUUCGGAGGUCAGUUCUAUUCAGAUAACGGGCAGCGAAAGAGGUGAUUCGUUCGCUUGGUGUUGGAACAUCCAGACAUUCGGUUUGGAAAAUUGGAAAACGUGCCGAUCGCAGCUGGAGAAAGUUGUGAUACAUUCGUUGGUGGUUUGUGUGUACAUUAAGCGCGUGAGAUUGUGAACAUUGGUCAUAUUUUGUUCGCAAAAAUGAUGGCUCAAUUUAUGAUGGAUUUAAAAACAGAACCCCGUCUCAGCCCUUCCCUCUACUCACCCGCCUCACCGAAAAUGGCCGACCCCAACUGUCGUCCCCAAUCGACCGACUCCGGCGUGCUGGAUCUGUCCAAGCGACGCGAUUCCCUGGACGCCCGGAAAACUCCUUCACCUGCCUAUCACUGCUACAGUGAGGUGGGUGGUACGCCACCCCCCAGCAACCACAGUUCCCCCCAGCAGUGUGACCUCACCGUCUCCGGCAACGCGGAAAACACCAUUCUCCUUAACUACGGUGAAAUCGUGCGGGCUCGUCGCUUAUCACCGACCAAAUCACUGCUUCACUUCGAAGAGCUGGCACAUCACGCCCAAUCCCAACUGGCCCCGGCAGUGCAAGCCUUCCACCGGCACGGUAUGGGACUUCCCAAGCCCGAAACGGACAUCCUGCAGCAGCAUCUUCUGCAGCAAGCGCACCGAGUGGCCCCAAUCCCUUCCUACCUGCUACCUCCGUCGGCACUUCAGCUUCAUCCUCACCAUCAGCAGCACCAGCAACAACCGCAGCAACAAACCUCACCGGCAGCCUUCUCCCCUAGCCCCAUUCGUCUCCGCGAGCUCGAUGCACUGUCCGAAUCAGGCUCCGAAGGUACUUCCCUUGUCAGUUCCAGUCAGCGCAAGUGUAAAGAAGAUGGCGCAAACACACCGAAAGACGGAGGCAAACAGUACCCGCUGGUGGUCGGACGGGACGGUAAACUCUCCCGACCGUUCAAAGCCUAUCCGCGCGAUCCACUCAGCCUGGCGGCCGGCUUUGUCGCCAGCGACACCAUCCUCGACACAAACUCGGCCGAAAAGUACAACCUGUUCCGGAAGCGUAUGCUGGAACAGAUACACGCCGCCAACGGUGGCCAGCCGACCGUUUCCAACCCGAAAAUGCGCCGUCUAGCGAACUCCACCAAAUCGGGCCACUCCUCCUCGAACGCGCCGUCCGCCGCCAUGAGUGACGCAUCGUCAUCCGAGUCCUGUGACGAAAAGCCGUCCUCGAACGAACGCCACGUGCUCAGCAUGGCGGCUGCGAAAGCGCAACAGAACCUCGAUGAAAUGGCGCAAUAUGCAGCAACCAAUCAGCGGCAGCCGGUGACGCCAUCGCGCAAGGAUACGCUGGAAAUGGCGUGUGACGUCAUUGGUUCGUCGGACGCUUCGUCGAGGGCGGAGUUAAACGCAACCGUUGCCACGGCAGGCUCAGGAGCGGAAGAAGCAGCAGCAUCUGCAGCCCAAAACCACGCUAGCAACAGCAGCGGUACGUCCGUGAAAGAUUCGGCCUACUACGAACGGCGCAAGAAAAAUAAUGCCGCAGCGAAGAAGUCGCGCGAUCGUCGCCGCAUCAAGGAGGACGAAAUUGCGAUCCGGGCAGCGUUUCUCGAGCGGGAAAACAUCGAGCUAAAGUUUGAGCUGGCGGCCGCCCGGAAGCAGCUCGCCCUGUACGGCGUGACGAGCUCGGUGGCAGCUUCGUAGGCGGCUUCCUUUUCGGGUUUGCUUGUGUAAAUAGUUGCGCCGGGAGGGUUUCGCUAUUAUAACUACAUGUACAGUGAAGUGCUGACUGCGCGAUCGAGAUCCGAGAUCGCUUGAUGCGAUCGUUCGAUUGUGUGCGAAGUACGUUAGGCGUAAGUUGGAGGGAAUUUGGAGCGAAUCUGCACGAUUCGGAUGACUGAUACCUGUAAGCAGUAUUCAUUAGUUAAGGCAUCUAGGACAUGUAAGGCAGAAUUGAUAAAUAGAGAAAAAUUGUGUAAAAUUGUAUAAA